UCUUUCUCUUUCUACUUUCUCUCUCUCUCUCUCUCUCUCUCUCUCUCUCGCGAUUAACUCAUCCUUCUCAGAGACGCAUAUAAACGAUUCCUGCAGUUUUUCUCCACUACUUUGCUGAACAGAACUAGGAGAUGGCCCGGGACGAGUGGGUGAGCGUGGCCAUGACGGACGAUACGGUUGUGGCCGAGCUCCUCGUGCGGCUCAAGCAAUCUCAAGCGGCGUCAUCUUCUCUCAAGUCUUGGACUAGAGCGGUCGUCCCGCUCCGGUGGGGACUGAGGCAGCCACGUUCGAGGUCUGUCUCGUUGAGAUGCGAUGCCGUUCCACCGAUAAAAGAAGCUGACUCGACGAGAGGCAGCCCCACCACGCCUCUCUCUUGGAGCGGCGGUGCUUCCCCUUCUGCCACCGCUGACAGCUUCGAAGAGUCCAGCUUCCACGCCAGCUUUUCUUUCGCUGCCUUCAGAUCCAAGGGUGUUGCUACAAGUGAAUCCACCGCUACCAAGAGGUCAAGAAGAAAAAAGACAUUUGUUGAACUUAAGGAGGAGGAGAGUUCUCUGUUGAAGGAAAGAAUAACUUUGAAAAAGGAGUUAGCAACACUACGUUCAACUUUUAAGGAACAGAGAGCCAGAAACGAGAGCUUGAAGAGAAUAAAGCUUGAUUCGAUCUUGCACUCAACAACAAAUCUCAAUGCAACUUGUGAUGGACUUGAGAAAGCUGUUUUCAAAGAAACCUACAGGGGAGUAGCCUCCGUUCCUGACCAUAAUUCUUUGAGUGUACCGGAAAACACCGCAAGUGAUGAUAACCUGCAAUCAGAACCUUGUGAGGCAGACAAGGCUGCUGCCCCGGCAAGCGAUGGCGAUUUCUUGCUGCCUGAUCUAAAUAUGAUGCCAUCUGAGGAAGAUUCAAGUACUGAGACUUUAUAUGGGAUGAGCUGAGGAUCUCAUGUUUGACAGCUUUUCUUCUCCUCACCAAAGGACCUGGUUCCAUCAGGCUAUCAAAUUCUGUUACAUUGUCAUGGCCAAGCACAGAACCUCGUGUAGAUGUGACUGUAUAAAAACUUCAGUGGAAGUUACCUAUCAACUGUUCCAUUCUCUCUUUCUUAAAUGAGAAAGAAGUUGAAAAAAAGUUUCGGGAGAGGGAUUUCAAGGGUAUAUUGCAACAAUCGUAUCGAUUGGGCUGCCAAUAUCCUCAAUUGCAGCAACUUCUUUCUCUGGAAAUUUGUCGAUGAUAAACCAACCCUUUUCUCGAUCCUUAAAUCGUGCCAUUCUUUCUGGUAACACCCAGUUGGACUCACCCGUUGAAAGUAUUCAAAGUCAACACUUGCAUUUUGGGUUUGUUAGUUGA